GCGGGCCUGGGUCGCUCAGCGAGCCCCUUUCGCGGCUACCAUCCCCGCAGGCAGGGCGGCCUGGGGCGGGGAAGGGGGUUUAAUCAACUCGGACGGGCUGCUUGGGCCAGAGACGGCCCAACUCAAGCUGGGGUUUCUAGGCUCCAGCAGCAGGACCCCCCCUCCCCCUCCGCACGCCACAAAGGGUUAAGGGCUGAAUUCGUGAUGCUCAGGGGUGGGAGGCGCUUCCCCCCGUUCCUACUGCCCCCGAUAGACUCCGGAGAUAUUAUCAUGCAAAACCAACCAACGCCUUGCCCAUUGUCUCCCCAGCCCCAGCCACGUAUAUUACACGGCGGCAGGUCCCGCCAGCCGGGAGGAGCGGUCUCCGAGCCAAGGGGGGAAGCAGAGGGAGAGGCGCAGAGGGGUGCAUGGAGAGGCACCUUCUCCAGGCAUCCAGGAACUUGCUGAGCCAGGAGGACCAAGAGCUCGGACCAGGGGGGCGAGUGGCUGUCAGACCCCGGGGCGCUGAGGCUGGAGCCCUGAAUCGGACUCCAGAGACCAACCCCACCGGUGGUGCCCUCGCUUCUCUCCCUCCUCCGAGCUCUCCGGCCAUCCACCUGUGACCUCCUCUAUGUACAAAAUGGAUUACUCUUACCUCAACUCCUACGACUCCUGCAUGGCCGCCAUGGAAGCCUCUGCCUACGCGGACUUCAGCUCUUGCAGCCAGGCAAACACUUUCCAGUACAACCCCAUCAGGACCAGUUUUGGGACCAACCCUGGCUGCCCGCCGCUCAGCACAGCCAACUGCACCUUGGGGGCCCUGAGAGACCACCAGCCUUCGCCUUACUCCACAGUUCCCUACAAGUUCUUCUCGGACCCCUCGGGCAUCAACGAGAAGAGAAAGCAGAGAAGGAUCCGGACCACGUUCACCAGCUCCCAGCUGAAGGAGCUGGAGAGGGUCUUUGCGGAGACCCACUAUCCAGACAUCUACACCCGGGAGGAGCUGGCGCUGAAGAUCGACCUCACUGAAGCCAGGGUCCAGGUUUGGUUCCAGAACCGACGCGCCAAGUUCCGCAAGCAAGAACGGGCGGCAAAUGCCAAGGGGGUGAAUGGCGGCUCCUCAGCCAACAAGAAAUCUGACCCGCGCUCCUCUUCGGAAGACGACGAGUCCAAGGAGUCCAACUGCAGCCCCACCCCGGACAGCACCGCAUCGCUGCCCACCACGGGUAGCCUCAACAGCCCCGGGAGCAGCCUGAGCCCCAGCCCCGGCACGGGUCAGGGCCUCGGACCCAGCCACGCCGCCCAGUCCUUAAAGGCUCCCAUCUGGCCAGGGGUCAGCACCAGCAACGGUGCCACCAACACGGCGGAGCUCCUGAAGGCGUGGCAGCCGGCCGAGGCCAUGCCAGGACCUUUCUCCGGCGUCCUCUCGUCCUUCCACAGGAAGCCCAACGCCCUCAAGACAAACCUGUUCUAAUGACCGGGAACGGACCGCGCCAAACAAACAUUGCCAACUCCUUCGUGUGCCAUUGUGUGCGACAUCAAAUAUCUCCCCCCCCCCCCCCCUUCCCUAGCUAGUAGUCUCCAAGGUUCCUCUCUCUGUCCGCAGAGCUGGGUAGACCCCCCACAGGCCUCCGGGAAGGCCCAGAUUCUCCCAGGCUGGAGGGAAGUACUGAAACAGACACCCGGCGGAGCCAUGCCUGCAGCCCACCAUCUCGUCCGUGCUUCUAGCAGUACCCAAGAGGACAAAUGAUGCACCCCCCGCACUGAACUGCCCCUCACCCCGCACAUCCCUAGGGAGGUCGACCUCGCCCAGCCGUGAGGCCGGCUUAGCGACUACCAAGCAGCUUCCCUCAGAGUGGGGACCAGGGCGGCCGGCCAGGCACUCACCUCUGGUAGAACAGCCGUCUGGUGGAGCAGUCACUGGGGAAGUUCUUCCCCACCUCCCCCCCAACGUGCACAGGGCUCUGGCUGAGAAACAUCACCUUCUGCUGCCACCACUGUUCUCCUAGGGUGCUUAGAUCGCAGUGGAAGAGUGGUCUCCUUUUUGAGCUCCUGGGAUGCCAGGGUCCCCUGGGUGUGCAGUGGUCUCCGGACCAGGCCAGGCUUUGCCUCAUUUUAAAUGUCUGUACAUACGUAGCUAUAUCUAGGGAGGGGGAGUACUCCAACAGCCAGCAGCCCAGGGAAGAGGGGGCGUGGAGAGCAGCUAAUCCUUCUGCUGAGAAGCAAGGAGCCUUCCCCAGUGUGCCACUGAGCCGUUAGCCACGGGCAGGGCAGGCAUGGGAGGGCAUUUCGUGGCCCUGUUUGGCCAGAGGCCUAUGCUAGCCAUCUCUUGGGUAAGAUGCAGUCAGGGACAGAGCAGAGAGAGCGUUUCUUCAGCUUCCCAUGACCGCUUAAGGAACCAAGGAAGGGGUGUAACGGCCCUGAGUAAUCCCGGGGAUGCAGGUGGGUGUAGUGGAAAGCUGUGAUUGGACAGUCCCUGGUCAGAAAUAGCCAGUUUCUCGCCCCCACAACGUCCAUUCACCUUGACCCCCAUCCUGAGAGGUAGCAGGGCUCCUCUGUCCAGGCCUGGGUCGCAGCUGUGGCUGGAAACCUGGCGUAAGUUCAGCACCAACUCUGCCUCACUAUGGGGAGAUGUGGAUGGGCACCAUGUAUAGCCCCUUCUGAACCCCUCCAACUGUUUUUGGGGACCACCAGGCCCGGCUCCUUGGGGCCCACUAGAGGAAGGCCCUAGCACCCUCACGCUUAGCCCCAGACCGGAGGGGCAGCCAUUUUGAAAGACUAUCUGUGGCGAUGCUCUUCCCCACUGACUCCUACGACGUAACACUGUGAUUGAAAAUACCGCAGCGGGCAGCCGGCGCCCCAUGGCACUGGACUGGUUUCUCCGUCAAGCCAAGCGGGAUCCUUGCGACGCCUUCUCCAUCCAGCAGAGGGCAGGUUUGAGGCCAAUAGGCAAAGGAGAGGCACUUUCUUUCGGGUGUGGCCAACGCGGAUCGUUUCUUUUAUUGCUCAAUGUUGAAUUUCAAUGGAGACAUUGCCCAGCGGCGGAAGGAGGGAAGAAAGCACUUUAUGGUGGGGCUGGGCAGGCCAGCUGACCCUGUCUUGGCAUGUACCUCGUUGGGUGAGCGACGAUCAGAACAACACAGGCACGGAGAGGACUGCAGACAGUUGCUGGCAGUGCCUGGAUCCACUUAUCCCAAUCUCUACUGCUGCAAGGACCCCAGAGAGCCAGCAGGGACCGCCGGACCGUGCUCCUCGGGUGCAGAAAGGAAACCAGGCCAAUAUGUUUGUUUAGGACCCCUCAUCCCACCGGAUUCAAAGCAUUUCACAGACUGCGCACAGAGGGACCCCGCACCCGCCACUCAGACGCUGCUCCAGGAAGUGGAGAUGAACGCGGGGUCCACAUGGAGCCGCGGAGGGCAUUGGAGGGA